UAUCCACAACUUUUGUUUCCUCUCGUCUGCUGCGGUUCACUUAUCCCCGCUGGAUGCUACAUUCAAACCCAGCUUGUAGUCUGCUGCUGAGACUGAACAAGGCCGGCGAAUAGCAGCAGAGAAUGGCUGCAGUAGAAAAUGAUAAGGAGCUCAGCGACCUGCUGGAUUUUACUGCGAUGUUUGAGCCCCCAGUUUCAAAUGGUAAGAAUGGGCCGACUACUCUCGCAAGCAGUCAGUUUGGAGGUUCUGGUCUAGAUGAAAGUCCUUGGGGACCAGCAGAACAGAAUAGUCCAACUUUCAACCAGGGAAGGGGUUAUGCAGAAGACCUUUACUGUGAGCGAGAGAACCUGGCCUCUACCCCAGUAUUCGGAUCAGGGGUUAUUGGGAAGGCUGAACGAGGACCAUACCCAUCAUUUGUAACACAGCCUGGUUUUAUGCCCAGUGACAUACCCAUGUCAAGCCCAGAUAACCUUUCUCCAUCUACUGUUAAGUCCAGUUCCCAGUUUUAUUCAUCAUACGAGCGAAGCAACACGCGCAGGAGACCCUCACAGGACCCCAUUGAGUCACAGCCGAAAAAGAUCAGGAAAAUGCCCCCUGGCCUGCCCUCCUCAGUUUCUGCACCAGCAACAGGGGAGAAUUUUACUCGAGACAGUGUUUGCUACCCUUCCUUCAAAGCAGGAAAUGUCUACCCAUCACCAUUCUACAUGCAAGAAGGUCUCCACCCGCCCUCUGAUCCUUGGAGCUCUGCCGGGUCGAUGAUUCAGCCUGGUUAUUCUGCUGUUCUGGGCAACUCCCCCCAUCUGGGCCAGCACGGACCUUUCACUGCCAUCAACCCUCAAGAUAGACUGAAACGGCAGCCCCUACCCCUUUCUCCCCAAAACUACCCCCUGCAUGGCAGUGAGGUGAACACGGCUCACCCUGCUGGUUUCCACUCUGGCUCCAGCAGCUUUGGAGUCCCCAACCACACACCCCCUAUCGCUGGCACGGAAACCAUUAUGGCAAAUCGGGGUGUAGUACCUGGAAGUUCAGGGGAUGAGGUUGGGAAAGCCCUGGCAUCAAUCUAUCCUUCAGACACCAACAGUAAUGCUUUCCCUCCAUCUCCGUCUACUCCCUCUGGCUCACCUCAGGCUGUUUCAGGCUCUGCAUCCCAGUGGACUCGGUCUUCUGGCCAGGCCACACCUUCACCGAACUUUGACUGUGGAGCUCAGUCUACGAGUAAAAUAGGAGACCACUUUGAUGAAGCCAUCUGUGUUCUUCAGCGACACGCCUGCGGACAGGGAGGGUUAACGCCAGGCUUCAGCAGUGCAGCACUCGGAUUGGUCAGUCGCCUGCCAGAGCUGAUUUUCAGCCAUCAUGAGGACUCUGCUGGUCUACCCUCUAGUGGAGGACAUUUGCAUCACAACUCUGCAUCAGUUCAUUCAAGCUCUCAGCUUACAGCAGUUCUGCCUGGCAACCUGACUCGUUCCAGUGGUGCUUUGAUCAAACAAGAGGAGAGGGAGGAUGAUGAGAACUGCUCUAUUACAGACAAGUCAGAGGAUGAGAAAAAAGAUAUGAAGACCCGCUUUCGAACAAGUAGUCUAGAUGAUGUGGAUGAUGAUGAUGAUGACGAAGAUCUACCAGUGGAGGUCAAGGCUGAGCGGGAGAAAGCGCGGAGGUUGGCGAACAACACCCGCGAGCGGCUCCGUGUGCGGGACAUCAACGGGGCUUUUAAGGAACUGGGCCACAUGUGUCAGCUCCAUCUGAGCAAUGAAAAACCACAAACCAAAUUGAUCAUACUGCAACAGGCUGUUAAUGUUAUACUCAACCUGGAGCAACAAGUUCGAGAGCGUAAUUUGAAUCCCAAAGCCGCCUGCCUCAAGAGAAGAGAGGAGGAGAAGGUUUCGGGUAUGGACCACCAAAUGCAGCUGGGUGGGGGUCACCCUGCUCUAGGAGGGGAUGGACACAACCCUGUGAGCCAUAUGUAACUCAGCCCUUAGAGCAUCUGUCCUUGUCAUGUCAGUGUGUGUUCAUCAGCUUUUGGAAAACACACACACCUCAUCACGUGGCCACAUUCCUGUUGCAGAAUAUAUGUAUCACAGAAGAGGCACACGAGAUACAAAUAAAAUGAACAUUUCUUGGUCUUUACAUGACGAUGCUUUGAACUGAAGGACUUUGGAGUCAGAGGGAAACGGACCUGCUUUA